UUUUAACUUUUUUUUUGUGUUCCGCUGUCGGGUUCACCGAAUUGAAUUUAGUUCUAUGACUCUUGAGCUAAACUAAUAAAUCUUCCAAUAAUCGUAACAUCUCUUGCCAUUGAUCAGUCACCUACUCCUAACGAAGGUGCUGGCGGGUAGUGUUUGAGGAUAUCUCACCAUAGACUGAUUUCGGUUUGUUGAUACCCUCAAAAUCCUUGCUGGCUAUUCUUUCUUAUCCUUUUUCUAUUUUGCCAUCUCCCCUCUUUUCGCCAUGCUUCGUUCACGGCAAGCUGGCCAAGCCUUAAAAAAGGCUUUGGCUCAGACUUCGCGACAACAACGCCGCUCUCUCACUACGUCGUCUAUCUCUUCCGUUGUCCAGACCAAGAAGAACGCCCCUACAGGUGUCAGAAGUCAGGCUACUUCAGCUCAAUCGCCUGCUCAGCCCAGACAAGCCCCCGCUCCAGCGUUCAACACUACCGACACGAAAGACCGAAACCAUGUUCAACCCUUGGUCAACCCUCGAGCUCCUGAGAUGGACGAGUCGUUCAUUGGGAAGACUGGAGGAGAGAUUUUCCAUGAAAUGAUGCUUAGGAGGGGUGUUAAGCACAUUUUUGGCUACCCCGGCGGGGCUAUUCUACCUGUGUUUGAUGCCAUUUACAACUCAAAACAUUUCGAAUUCAUCUUACCGAAGCAUGAACAAGGCGCCGGACAUAUGGCCGAGGGCUAUGCGCGUGCUUCUGGAAAACCUGGCGUUGUGCUAGUCACUUCCGGUCCAGGUGCCACUAACGUCAUUACUCCAAUUCAGGACGCCAUGUCUGAUGGCACACCAUUAGUUGUUUUUUGUGGCCAGGUUCCUACGAGUGUGAUUGGAAGCGAUGCUUUCCAGGAAGCAGACGUUGUGGGAAUAUCGAGAUCUUGUACCAAGUGGAACGUCAUGGUUAAAAAUACUGCCGAAUUACCGCGACGCAUCAACGAGGCCUUCGACAUUGCGACUAGCGGGCGUCCGGGUCCUGUGCUCGUUGAUCUACCUAAAGAUGUUACUGCUGGUGUCCUAAGAAGGGCCAUCCCUACCGAGUCAGCCAUCCCAGGCUUACCUAGUGCAGCGUCGCGUGCCGCCAUGGAAAUUUCUCAGAAGCAGCUUCAAGCUUCUCUUCGCCGAGUAGCUGGUUUAAUGAAUAUCGCCAAGAAGCCCGUUAUAUAUGCUGGCCAGGGGGUUGUCUCAUCGAUUGGUGGACCAGAGAUCCUCAAAGAACUCGCUGAUAAGGCUUCGAUACCUGUUACCACGACCCUCCUCGGUCUCGGUGCUUUUGACGAGCUGGAUGAGAAAUCGCUCUACAUGCUAGGCAUGCACGGCUCGGCGUUCGCUAACAUGUCGAUACAAAGUGCCGAUCUUAUCAUUGCUCUCGGCGCCCGCUUUGAUGACCGUGUGACCAUGAAUGUCACUAAAUUCGCGCCUGCGGCCAAGGCUGCUGCUGCCGAGGGUCGUGGUGGUAUUGUGCAGUUCGAGGUCAUGCCAAAGAACAUUAACAAGGUUGUACAAGCAACCGAAGCUAUUGAGGGCGACGUAGCAGAGAAUAUCCGACAGCUUCUUCCCUUGGUCAACACAAAGAGUAUGUCGGACCGUAAGGAAUGGUUCAGUCAGAUUAAUUCGUGGAAGGCAAAAUGGCCUAUGAACGACUUUGAGCGAACCGAGCGAGCGGGAAUGAUCAAGCCACAGAUUCUAAUCGAAGAACUUAGCAAGCUGACGGCCAACCGAAAGGAGCACACGAUUCUCACGACAGGUGUUGGCCAGCAUCAAAUGUGGGCGGCGCAGCAUUUCAGGUGGAGACACCCUCGGACCAUGAUUACGUCCGGAGGCCUCGGCACUAUGGGAUACGGACUUCCCGCUGCCAUCGGUGCUAAAGUCGCUCGACCCGAUGCCCUUGUUAUUGAUAUCGAUGGUGACGCUUCGUUUAACAUGACCCUAACAGAACUGUCAACUGCUGCGCAAUUCAACAUCGGCGUUAAGGUUAUCGUCCUGAAUAAUGAGGAGCAGGGUAUGGUGACCCAAUGGCAAAACCUUUUCUAUGAGGACCGAUACGCCCACACACAUCAGAAGAACCCCGACUUCAUGAAGCUAGCCGACGCUAUGGGAGUCCAGCACCGAAGACUCAUCAAACCUGAAGACACAGUGGAAUGCCUAGAAUGGCUCAUCAACACCGAUGGCCCGGCCUUCUUAGAGGUCAUGACAGAUAAGAAGGUACCUGUACUCCCCAUGGUACCUGCGGGAUCAGGUUUACACGAAUUUUUAUCAUUUGAUAGUGAAAAGGAUAAGAAACGCAGAGAGCUUAUGCGCACCCGAACUUGCGGAUUACAUACCUAAUUAUAUGUUUUACCUGGAAUUUAUUGCAUCGGUAGUUAGCGAUUAUGUUUUAUUUGGGACCAUCAUGGAGGGAGGGAGGGAGGCAGUUAAGAAAGGUUUGAAUCCACCGUGAAAAGGCCGAGUUUGGUGACAAAAAGGAACCGAAAAGUGAUUUUUUUAGCCUCGCAUCUAGCAUCCAUGUUAGAAAAGGCCUGGCAAAUAGUCGGCGUUGCUAUCGGUGCAUGCGUGACCUUCUUUGUAUAUGUAUAUAUUCUGCAUUAUGAGUUCGAUUUUCGAGGUUAUCCAGGACAAUGAUACUCUAUCAUACCCCUGAUAAGCAUUAGCCAUCACUUUCAGACAUUUACAUACAACCGCUUGAAAUUACGCGAAUGAUAAUGCUGCC